AUGAAGCGGACUGCAGCAAUCUAUAGGUAUAUCCUGGCUCCGUUGCACCAGAUCAUUACCCAGAGAUUCUGCAGCACGUCUCUUCUGUUCAAAGAGUUUCCCCAAUCUACGAAAGGCUCCCAGAUACCGUCAUCUUCCCUCUCCCAACCGGGAUGGGGAUCGCCACUGAAAUGGUUUGAUGACUCCGAGUCGGGCUUGCACGAUCCCAUUAAAACAUCUUAUGCGAGAGAGUUCAUGCGGAGCAUUCGACCUUUUGUCGAAAUGAUUCGAAGUCUUCCCGAUACAUGCGCUGCGCCCCCUCCCUGGCAGACAUGGAGGACACGAAAGAUACGAAUUGCAAUCAUUGACACUGGUAUUGAUGCAGAGAACGACAUCACAAUGCAAACAGCUCUUGCCUAUGGCUCCAUCAAGAGCUGUCGGGGCUUCGCGGGCAACGAAGAGGACUUUCAAGAUGUCCACGGCCACGGGACGCAUAUUGCUCGGCUUAUGCUUACCGUUGCUCCUGCGGCGGAAUUAUACGUUGCAAAGAUAGCAAACGAGAAGACUCUCGACUCAUCAGCUCUGUCUCGCAUAGCGGAGGCUAUCAAGUGGGCUCACAAGACCAUGAAAGUCGAUAUCAUAUCGCUUUCGUUUGGACUAGACUCCAACAAUCGUAAUGUCGAAAUCGACAAGGCCAUCUUCAAUGCCAUCUCAGACGACACAAUCAUCUUCGCCGCAUCCGCAAACAACGGCGGCAACAGACCCAGGGCGUAUCCUGCCAACAGGCGGACAGGCGUCAUAUGCAUCCACGCAAGCGACGGCCGAGGCAAUGACGGCGGCAUAAGUCCGUCUCCGGAACCACGAAAGUCGAACUUCUCAACGCUGGGCAUCUCCAUCGAGUCACGGUGGAAGGGCAAGAAGGUGCUGAAAUCGGGGACAUCGUUUGCAACUCCCAUUGCUGCCGCGAUUGCAGCGAAUAUGCUCGAGUUUGCUCGAUACAAGUGUUCGCUUGAUGAAUAUGAGCAUAGGCGGCUACACAGCUACGAUAGCAUUGAGGAGGUUCUUCAUUUGAUGGCUGAGGAGCGGCAGGGGUAUCAUUAUAUCAUGCCACUGCGCAUGUGGGAUGGCGCGGAUGAUACGGAUGUGGCUGGAAAACUGGUGGAAAUUGCUAGAUCAUGA